CUGGCUCUGUGCCCGCCGCUUUGCGACGGUCCGCGGGAGGCAGGCCUUUCCCCUCGGGCCUGCCGAGGCAGGCGGAACUCUGGCGUCUGUGAAACACUGCAAGUCAAGUGGCAUAAGUAGAUGAUUGUUGAACUUUUAUUUUGAAUUUGAUCCAACAAAAAGGGAUACUGGUAGAAAAUGUCACCUGGGAAAGUUCUGCAACCUGUACUGAAAAUGAAGGUGGAUGAACUCUUUUUGUGCUGGCUGAGUCAGCCUGCAACUCAGUUGAUGCUAAAGGACUGCUUGAGAAGAAUCAAGAAUGAGGAGAAAACAGAGAUUGGUAAUGGAGAUUCAGGAAACAGUAAAAAUGAGAGGGUGACUAAUAAAAAUUCCAAUCAAUGCAUAUUAGGAGAUACCAGAUUGCCUUUGUUAUCUUUCAAUCCUCCUCAACUUUCUACUAUUCUUCCAUUGGCAACUCCGGCUGGCCUAAGGAACGCUUCUAAUGUUAGAGCAACACGUCGAUCCUCAGGAACCAAAGUAGUUCAGACAAAGAAGGAAGAAACUUUGCAACCAUCGCUUAGUCAAAACAUUCCAACUUUCUAUUUUCCUCGAGGAUGUCCUAAGGAAAAAGUGAAUAUAGAUGCUGUGAUUGCCAAAAUUGAGAGAACUUUCUCUGAGUUUCCAAAUGAGAGGGCAACAUUAGAAGACAUGGGGAAGGUUGCAAAGGCUUGUGAAUGCCCACUUUACUGGAAAGGUCCUUUGUUUUAUUGUGCUGGAGGUGAACGAACAGGAUAUGUGUCAGUUCAUAAAUUUGUUGCAAUGUGGAGGAAAAUACUUCAGACCUGCUAUGAUGACGCUGCAAAGUUUGUUCACCUUCUAAUGAACCCUGGAUGCAACUACUUGGUGCAAGAAGACUUCAUUCCUUUUUUACAAGAUGUGGUGAAUAGUCAUCCUGGCCUAUCAUUUUUAAAAGAAGCAUCUGAAUUUCAUUCUCGGUACAUUACCACAGUUAUACAGAGAAUAUUUUAUACAGUAAAUAGGUCCUGGUCUGGGAAAAUAACUUGUAACGAGCUCAGGAAGAGCAACUUUUUGCAGAAUGUGGCAUUAUUGGAAGAGGAAGCUGAUAUUAACCAGCUGACAGAGUACUUCUCAUAUGAACAUUUUUAUGUUAUCUAUUGCAAAUUUUGGGAGCUGGAUACAGACCAUGACCUCUAUAUUGAUCGGAAGGAUUUAGCUCGACAUAAUGAUCAUGCAAUUUCAAAUAGGAUGAUAGAGCGUAUCUUCUCAGGAGCAGUUACAAGAGGUAGAAAAGCACAAAAAGAUGGAAAAAUUAGCUAUGCUGAUUUUGUCUGGUUUUUGAUAUCUGAAGAGGACAAGAAGACACCAACUAGCAUUGAAUACUGGUUUCGCUGCAUGGAUCUCGAUGGGGAUGGUGCUUUGUCUAUGUAUGAAUUGGAGUAUUUUUAUGAAGAACAGUGCCAAAAAUUAGAUAACAUGGCCAUAGAACCUUUGCCUUUUGAAGACUGUUUGUGCCAGAUGCUGGAUCUUGUGAAGCCACAAUAUGAAGGAAGAAUUACUCUGCAUGAUUUAAAGCGAUGUAAGUUGACAAAUGUGUUUUUUGAUACUUUUUUCAACAUUGAAAAAUACCUUGACCAUGAACAGAAGGAUCAGUUUUCUAUGUUGCGGGAUGGCGAAGGUGACAGCCAAGAGGUCUCUGACUGGGAGAAGUAUGCUGCUGAAGAGUAUGAUAUCUUGGUAGCAGAAGAGGCAGCAAGUGACCAGUGGAAUGACGGGUAUGAAGCAGAACUGAAUCCUGUAGACCAUCAGAAGGCCAACGUCCUAAAGUAUCAAAUGGAGAAAAGACCAUUUUUUGAAAUGCCUUCCCAUCUGGCUGAUGUAGACUUGGAUGAAUAUGACUAUGAAGAGGACUUUGAGUAGUGGUUACUUCUGGUCAAUGCUUGCAGAAGAGAAUGGACAGUCUGCAGCAGGUCUGCUAAACACCUGUACAUCUCAGUGGGGUUUGUUUCCAGGAAGUCAGUUUAGUUUUGUGCUAAAAAAUAUUUAAUCACUACACUAUCUUUUAAAUAAAAGAAGCACAUUUGUAUGGAAUGAUGAAACUUUUUGUAUUUAUUCAAUAGUCUAUAGUUUGUAAAAUAGAUUAAAAUAUUUAUUUACAGAUGUUGCAUAAUUUCUUUUUGGAAGAAUAACAAUAUUUGACUUUAGAGAAAAGCAAUUUACUGUUUUUAAGAGAACUGUAUAAUUCUCUCUAAGUUGAUGUGUGGUGCACUGACCACCUCCAUCCCGUACGUGAUGAGGUGUCCUGUCCUGGUAUGGGAGGUAAGGAGACAAUUUAUAGCUGGUCUGCAAAGCCUAUGUGCUCAAAGAGACAGCUCUAGGGCUUUCGUGCCUUAGCAAGGUGGAGAUGUGACUGUGAGUGCGUGAUUAGCGCUCAUUUACAGGUAGAGUUGUUUGACAAGCUGAGUGUAUUGGUGCACAAGGAAAGUGAACGCCUGAGACAAGUCACUUCUCUUCUCCAUGUAGUCCUUGUUUGCCCCAACUUUUAGUUUUGCUUGCCCUUUUAAACUUCGGUCUUUUCAUCAAUGUUCAUUAUAAAAAGAUUAUUUAAUAAUGAAGUCUGGCUUAGUGUUCAUGCUUGAUCCAAAAUAGACGUGUUAAUUCAUGUAGAAGGAACCAAUUUUUUUUUAAAUCCUUUGUAUAAAUGUUACUUGAUCAGUGAUGUGCACUAAUUUGUUGUGGGCUUUUGUCUGUCCCCUCUCUCUUGUUUGCUAUUGACACAUUCCAUGGAUAUUCAUCAGUGUCACAGCAGCUUGAAAUUGUUGCCUCACUCUUACUGUUAAACAGAUUUUGUUGGAGAAAAAAAUGUACAAAAAGAUGUAAGUUAUUUUUUGGUUGCAGUGUAGAUCUGUUAAAAUGUUUAAAAAUCAUGUUUGUAUUUUCAAAUAAAGAUUUUCAUACAUGAUUUUAACAGUUCUAAUUAUUACGUUAUAUUCUGCAUGCAGUUAACUACUUCCUAUUAAAGAACCGUUUAAGAUGAUGGGUUAUACAUGUACAGUCUGGUUGGAUAAUUACACAAAGCUGAAUAUUCCAAGCAAGCUCCAGCAGGUUUUUCCUCAUCUAAAAGCUAGUGUUGCUGAACAGCUGGAAGUGGCUCAGAAAAAUCUGUUCUGCUCAACUCCUUGUGCAGAGUUACGAACCUGUGUAUCUUAAGUAAUGAAACCCAUUGCUACCAUUUGUUUAGUGAACCUUACCAAGGAAAACUCAAGUCCUUUUAAUACUAUUCAAAGGAUUUUUAAAAAUAAAAUCAGUGUUUGUUUAUUCAAAUUUUAAUGGAAACUUAUCAAUGUCAAGUUUCUCUAGCACUGGCCACAUACCUUUCACUACUUGCCUAUGGUUUGGGGUUUUUGAACAGUGAAGAUACACAGAGGCUUUGUGUUAAGCUCUGUUCCCUAAAGUGCUGUGGGAAAGGAUGACCAACUGCCUUUCUAGAAGAUGAUCCUGAACUUCUGGUGCUGUUCAAGGGGUGCUGACUUAAACCCUUCUUAAAAAGGGGCUUGUAAAUGGCCAUGUACAGCUGCAGGUUUCUUAUCACACAGUAAUGUUUUUCCAUGAAACACCUGGAGCUGGGUGUGGGCCAGGCCUCUCCUGCAGAGCCUGUAGCUGUUGUUGCCACUUUGUGUUUGGUGAAGAGCCUCUUAAAUCCUGUUCCCUAUUGUGCUUUGGAUAACCAAGCCCCCCCCCCUUUUUUUUUUUCCUGGAGGAUUUGCACAGCUCCAGUACAGCAAAUUAUGGUGCUGCUGUGGAAGUGACUUUUCUUGCACUACAUGAACUGGAAAGAUGACUGUACCUUCCCCUGGAAAGGUAAUUCCCAGCCCAGGUCCUUUGUUACAAGAAUUAAAGCAUCUGCAUGUUUGAUGUGGUCUGAGGUCUCAGUGUUUUCUUAGUCCAAGUCUAGCUGCAGACUUGGUCUAUUCUGACUACCUGGUAAGUGUUUAGGCCUAGAUCCAUAAAUCUAGAUGGGGGAAACAUCACGAUCACAGUUGAGAGGUGGGAGGGAGUCACAGGGGAACUGAGAACAAGCUGAUCUGGGUGAGAAUCAGCAUUAUCUAGUAGAGUGCUACCUCUGUCCUAGUGUGAGCCUUGUACAAAAUGGAAUAUAAGGGUUUU